AACUUCACUCGGCUGCUUCGGCUGUGAAGUUCAUCCAUGAUGAACUGCGCGACUUUUUCCAAGUAUUCCUUGCUGGAUUUGGCCUUCACGGUCAUUGGCGUGAGCACGUUUCUGUUUGAUGUGGGCUCGGAUCUGUGGGUGGCGAAGGAGCUCUACACGCAUGGAGAGUUCAUGUGGUUUGGGGUCUUGCUGGGCUUCAUGCUCAUGUCAUCUGUCGUCAUUCAGCUGUUCAGCUGGUUUUGGCUAAAGUAUGAUCGCGAGUUGAAGGACUUUGAGUCUCAAGCGUCCGCCAGGAACGUAGUUCUGUUCAGUGGGGCGAAGAGAGUCAAAUUGUUGCUCGUCGUGCAUGUGUUUCAGCUGGGCUUCUUCAUCAGGCACAUAUCAGCUAUCUGGCAGGGUUUUCGAGUGUGGUGGCGAGAGGGCUGUGGGUCUGAGUAUGCAAUUUAUCUGACCCAUGACCUCAGCAUGCUGCGGCUCAUUGAGACUUUCUGUGAGAGCGCGCCACAGCUCACCCUCAUGAUGUACAUCAUGCUGCACAGCAACCAUGCAUGACUGGUCCAGUAUGUGAAUGUGGGCGCCUCCACUACUUCUAUAGCGUGGAUGGUGGUGGAUUAUCAUCGGUCGCUUCGUUCAUUUCUGCCUGACAAGGACAAUCAAGGUUGGUUGUCAUCUGUGGUUUACUUCUUCUGGAACCUUUUUCUGAUUGGCCCACGUGUGGCUGCAGUUGCUCUCUUUGCCUCUGUGUUGCACUGCUACAUCGCUGCUCACUUCCUGUCUCUGUGGCCCGUCUUUGUGACAUGGGCCUGGAUGCAGAACACUAAUUUCAUGGACAGCCCAGCAGGGGAAUGGCUCUACCGGGCUACUGUAGGGCUCAUCUGGUACUUCAGCUGGUUCAAUGUGGCUGAAGGACACACCAGAGGCAGGAGUCUGAUCUACCACACAUUUUUAAUCAUAGACACCAGCAUCCUGUUGGCCACAUGGUGGUUGUACCGCGAUGCAGAGAUGACCCAGUUGUACGCCUUCAUUCUGAUAAUCUCCAUCCCACUUUUUUAUGUCUUGGGCCUUUUGAUAAAAGUUCUCUACUAUUGCUGUUUUCACCCCAAACUGUGGAGGCCAACAGAUUUAAAAGUUACAUAUGAUGUAACGGAUGGAGUGGAGCCGCCUGUGGAUAUUCAGGCCGACAAUGCUUCUGUUCAAACCAUUAACAAGAGGAUGGGCCGACAUGCUGCUAACUUCUACACAACAAACACCUUGUCUGCAAUUAAAAGAAAUGCAUGUGAAGCAACUAAUUCAUCAGUACUGUAA